AUGGAGCGCUACCUCUCCAAGCCGGACAACGCCACUCUCCAGAUGCUGUGCAACCCGACGCUGGCUGUGGUCCUGCCGGCCGUCUAUUCGCUGGUGGUGCUGGUGAGCAUCCCGGGGAACCUGUUCUCGCUGUGGGUGUUGUGCCGACACAUCGGGCCUCGCUCCCCAUCCAUCAUCUUCAUGAUCAACCUCAGUCUCACCGACCUGGCGCUGGCCCUCGUCCUGCCCUUCCAGAUUUACUACCACCGCAACCGGCAUCACUGGGUCUUCGGCGUGCCCCUCUGUAACGUGGUCACGGUGGCCUUCUACGCCAACAUGUACUCCAGCAUCCUGACCAUGACGUGCAUCAGCGUCGAGCGCUUCCUGGGGGUCGUGUACCCGCUGACCGCCGCGCGCUGGCGCCGCCGUCGCUACGCCGUGGCCGCCUGCGCCGGCCUGUGGCUCCUGCUGCUGGCCGCGCUGUUGCCGCUGGCGCUCACUGACCUCACCUACGAGGUGGAGGCGCUGGGCAUCGUGACCUGCUUCGACGUGCUCAAGUGGACCAUGUUGCCCAGCAUUGCCACGUGGGCGGUCUUCCUCUUCACGCUCUUCAUCGUCCUCUUCCUGAUCCCUUUCGGCGUGACGGUGGCCUGCUACACCGCCACCAUCCGCAAACUGCUGCAGACCUCGGGCGGCUACGGCCAGGGCCAGAAGCGGCGCUCCGUGUGCCUGGCGGCCGUGGUCCUGGUGGCCUUCGUCACCUGCUUCGCGCCCAACAACUUCGUGCUGCUUGUGCACAUGGUGAGCCGCCUCUUCUUCGGCCGCAGCUACUACCACGUGUACAAGCUCACUCUCUGUCUCAGCUGCCUCAACAACUGCCUCGACCCCUUCGUCUACUACUUCGCCUCCAAGGAGUUCCAGCUGCGUCUGCGCGCCUACCUGGGCCACCGCAGCCCGCGCGUCGACACGCUGGACACGCGCCGCGAGAGCCUCUUCUCCGGGCGCACGUUGUCGGCGCGCUCCGGCUCCAGCACACAAGGCGGGGACUGUCCCGAGGCGGUGGGCAGGGCCUUUCUCCAACGGCAGGAGAGCGUGUUCUGA